GGGGGAGAAGACUUGAAGCAGAAAGUGAUAGAGGCUCUUUGUAGGAGCCUUCAGGUCAAACAAUCGAGACGAUUUGUAUUUAAUCGAGAAUCAUGAUCUGUAACUACGUGUCUCUCUCGGUGCUCCUGCUGUGCUGUAUUUCUGUCAUUGAAAACAUAGAAAAUGUAAAUGAUUUUACAUCAAGACUGCCCAGGUACUCUAUUGUAAAACCCCAGGUGAUUCACAGGUGGGAGAGGGGUAUCAACAGACCACCCCGGUCAGAUGAGGCAUAUGGUGAUGAGAUACUAUGGUAUGCAGUGAACAUCAACAACAGGAGGCUACUUUUGCGUCUAAAAAAGAACAGAGACUUUGUACAUCCACAUUUAGUUCAACACUCGCGUGAGUCCUCUGGUAUCAACAACUCGUUGUAUCCUCCAAAGCUUGUGCAUUGCUAUUACCAUGGAGAAGUGGAUGGAUAUGAGGAUUCAGUGGUGGCGCUUAGCACAUGCUCUGGACUCAGGGGUGUGAUCGUCUUUGCAAAUGAGUCGUUUGGACUCGAACCUGUGCCCCAGUCUACCACUAACGAGCACGCCCUGUACCUCCUGAAAGACGCCCGGUCAGAGCCCGUCACCUGUGGGGUCGCUGGUGAGGCUGCAUCAGCAGAAAGCCACGAGCCCUUCGAACCGGGCCAAUCCCUGACGUCUCUGCUGAGGAUGAAGCGCAACUUGCCUCAAACUAGCUAUGUGGAGUUGGUGCUGGUUGUUGACAAUCUGAGGUAUAAGUUUAAGAAAGAAAAUGAGACCGCAGUCCGGGAGGAGAUGGUGGAGAUGGCAAAUCUGCUGGAUGGGUAUUACAAACGGCUGAACAUCCGUGUUGUGCUGGUUGGAUUAAAGAUUUUUAAGGAUAGUAAUCCCUUCAGUGUGGACGGCUCCGCAGGAGAGGUUUUGGAUCGUUUUGUUAGGUGGAGAAAGAGCAGUUUGUUACCCGAAAUCAGGCAUGAUAUUGGUCAGCUCAUUGUCGGACAGCCUAAAGCGUAUGGAAGUGUACUGGGAAUGGCCUUCGUCGGCACAGUCUGCUCCGUAGCAACUUCUGGAGGAAUCAAUGUGUACAGUGACAACAGCUUGCCUUAUAUCUCUGCCGUGGUGGCCCACGAGAUGGGCCAUAACUUGGGUAUGAAUCACGACGAUACACGUUGCGACUGUGAGGAGAAGGGCUGCAUCAUGUCUGCAAGUGCCAAGGGUUCCUCCAUUUUCAGCAAGUGCAGUGCAGACGACUUUGAGACGCUGGUUUUACGUGGAGGCGGGGCCUGUCUGAAAAAUCAGCCGUCAUUAUCAGACGUGGUUGGUGUUGCUCAAUGUGGCAAUGGCCGCUGGGAGGAUGGAGAGCAGUGUGACUGUGGCACACCGGAGGAAUGCAAGAAUGACUGUUGUGAUGCUGCCACUUGUAAAUUUACUCGAGGGUCCUCUUGUGCUCAUGGCGAAUGCUGUGACAAGUGCCAGAUCAGAGUUGCUGGAACCCCAUGCAGAUCAUCUACUGACACCUGCGAUCUUCCUGAAUUUUGCAAUGGCAAAAGUGCAUUUUGUCCUGAUAACUUCUUUGUCAUGGACGGCCUUCCAUGUCAAAACAACGCUGCAUACUGCUAUGAAGGCCGCUGCCAGACAUAUGAUUACCAGUGCAAACACCUGUUUGCUCCAGAUGCUGCAAUCAAGGCGGCAGAUAUUUGUUUCCAACAUGCUAACACAAAGGGGGAUUUAUUCGGAAACUGUGGAAUCACCAGCAGUGGAAACUACAUCAAAUGUACCGUGGCAAACUCUAUGUGUGGAAAGUUGCAAUGCAGUAACGUGGAUGUAAAUAACCCUCCUCUUGGAGCCCAAGUCAGUAUCCAGGAAAUUCAGGGGUCACGCUGCAUCAAUGCAAACUUCAACCUGGGCACAGAUGUGCUCGAUCCUGCGUACGUCAACCCUGGCAGCCCAUGUGAUAAAGGAAAGACUUGCCUGAACUUUCAGUGUGUGAAUGCUUCUGCUCUAUUACCAAACCUGGACUGUGAUGGCCAAACCACCUGCAAUGGCCGAGGGGUAUGUAAUGAUCAAGGGCACUGCCACUGUGACAGUGGUUGGGCGCCUCCCUACUGUGACAAAUCAGGACAAGGCGGCAGCAUUGACAGUGGUCCUACUCAGAUAGAUUAUUCCCUCAGAAAUGGCCUAUUGAUCUUCUUCCUGUUGGUACUCCCUCUGCUCGUGCUGCUUGUUCUGGUGCUGCUCUACAUCUUUAAGAGAGAUUCCUUGGACAUCUGUCUAAAACGAAACCUUAAAUCACAGAGUGCUAGAAACGGAAAUCCACAGGCUAACGGCAAUGUUCAAACAAGUACUACAGUCCACCCUCCAGCACAAGUCCCACCUGAGAGGCCUCCUCCACCCUCUACAUUGGCUCCAAUUUCUGGUUUCAGGUAUGGAGAAAUGGAUUAUUGGAAUUUAGAGACAACCACUGCUCCUUCAAAACCUGUUCCUGUACAAGGUCCGGGAGUUCCCAAACCCAUCCCAGGAAAACAGCUGCCAAGUUGAUUCCCCUUUUACAUGAUGCAUUUUCAGAUAUUAUGAAUGUAUUCAUAUAUUUCUAAAAUACUGUGAUACAGUAACUAGACACUUAUAACCACCUGAAAGUGGACUGUGGUGGUGGAUCUGGCUGUUCAUUUUUUAUCAUCGUACGGCAUAUAUGUUUUUAGUAUUGUUGGAUAUACAUGAAAUGCACAUUAAUUAUUAUAAAAAGAAGAAAAAAUGUUUGUGUUUUUAUGAAGGUUUUUUUCCCCAAAUAUAUUUGAAAAGUUGUUCACUGUGAUUUCUGGUGUGUGUCAUGAUAAUGUUUUAAAAGAAGUCAAUAAAGUUUGAUGUUGGUUUAAA